AUGUCGCUAGAAUAUACAGAGGAAAAGAAAAGGUUUAAGCAAAACCUUGACAGUUUUGCGGCUAUGGCGGCGGCGAAUAUACAAGACGCUGUUUUCGAUGACCUGAACUACGAAACCUGGGCUCCAAUCGCGAAGAAAAGACUAAUGGAGAAUGGAGUUUGGGAUGUCGUUGAGAACGGAGUCUCUCCCGAUCCAACGAAGAUUCCAGAGCUAGCGGCGACGAUUAAGGCCGAGGAUCUCGCGCGAUGGAGGAAUCGUGUGAUUAAAGAGAUGAAAGCGCUCAAGAUACUGCAGUCUUCUCUCACGGAAUCGGCUUUCAGGAAGACUAUCUCGGUUGCUUCGUCCAAGGAUCUCUGGGAUUUGCUCAAAAAAGCUAACGAAGGAGAAGGGAAGCAUAUUCGUAGAUUAGAUAAGCAGUUCGAGGAUCUUACGAUGUACGACGGAGAACCGAUGGAUUUUUACCUGGGGAGAGUUGUGGAUCUCCUUGAUGAGUUCCGUCUUUCAGGGAAUGAGAAAGGCGACGACGAGGUUAUCGUCAAGCUGUUGACCUCGUUGUCGUGGGAAUACGACGAUGCGAUUCCGGAGCUCGAGUGGAGCCAGGCAAAGGAAUCAGCAACAGGCACAGGCAGCGGCAAAAGAUCAGAUGAACCGGGAGCCUGUAGAUUUGAUGUUAGCGACCAGAUUUGAGAAAAUUUACCAAAAUAGAGAAAGAGAGAGAGACAUGAUGAAAGGUGGAUUGCUGAAUCAGUAGCGGCAGAUCUUGGCCGUUGGCAUUGUGACACAAACUUGGGCGUAUUUCUUCUUAGCCGCCUCUGUCCCUCGCUUGGGCUCCUCGUCCGCCAUGGCUACCUUAGCCAAGGAACAAACCGCCGCAGCUGCAGCCGUGAACAUGAGGUCCCUCCUCAUUGUGGUGCUGCUCUGUUCCUCCUUGGCCUUGACUUCUAAGCUGGUUGCGUUGUUGUUCUCGCUCGUUGCGGCUCUGACCACCGAGAGUCUUCGUCCGCCGGUGGCUGACGGAAGCUUAGCAACGGCCGGGAGGAAUGUGGCUGUCAUGGUCAUCGAUGCCAUUGCUUGAUAGUUGAUUGAAUAAUUCUACUCUCUCUCUCUCGCUCGUUAGCUCUCGGUUAAGGCUUUGUGAUCUGGUGGAUUGUGUUUUAAAAAGUUUGUGGUAAUUUUGAGCUUGUGGAGAGGAUUG